GCCCUUCAUAACGGCCCUUCAUCGGGAGGGGGCAGUCUCCGAGGAAUGACUGAGUGUGUGGCAGGGACUCGCUGAUACCGGAGGACGCCGCUUCUCCCGGGCUCUCGAUCUCGGCUCCGCGGAGGGAGAGGAAAUGAGUGCGGCGGCAGCGCCGGCGCCCGAGCGGGGUUGGAAGAGCGAGAAAGUGGACGAGGCUCAGGCCCUGGCGCGGAGUUGUGCUGCCCGCAGACCUGACUUUCAGCCGUGCGACGGGCUCUCCAUCUGUGCCACGCACAGCCAUGGCAAGUGCUUCAAGCUGCACUGGUGCUGUCACCUAGGAUGGUGUCACUGCAAAUACGUGUAUCAGCCUAUGACCCCCGUGGAACAGCUUCCAAGCACUGAGAUUCCUGCGAAGCCUCGGGAACCCACAAACACCAUUCAGAUCUCAGUCUCUCUCACUGAACACUUUCUGAAAUUUGCAUCUGUCUUCCAGCCUCCCCUCCCUCCUGACUCACCAAGGUACUGUAUGAUCUCAGACCUCUUUAUUGACAACUAUCAGGUUAAAUGUAUCAAUGGGAAGAUGUGUUAUGUGCAGAAGCAGCCGGCACCACAGUCGCACAAAAUGAGCCCUCAGGAGGUCUCUGCACACGAUGCCUUAAUUUCAAAAGAGAGCAAUACACCAAAAAUAGAUCACUGCUCUUCUCCCUCAAGUUCUGAGGACUCUGGGAUCAAUGCCAUUGGGGCUCACUAUGUGGAAUCGUGUGAUGAGGACACAGAAGAAGGAGCAGAACUGAGUUCAGAGGAAGAUUACAGUCCAGAGAGCAGCUGGGAGCCGGACGAGUGCACCCUUCUCUCCCCGUCGCAGUCUGACCUGGAGGUGAUUGAAACGAUAGAAACCACCGUGUGAGAGUCAGGGCAGGAAGCCGCGUCCUCUGAGCCAAGCUGAGCUUUUGUACUUUCGUUGGCUGGAUCAUUUUUCCAGUGCAGUUGGUAUUUUCUACCCCUAACAACCAUAGCAAUUCAGUGGUCUGCUGAUUAGCCUCCCUCCUAAAUUAGUGUUGUAACUAUGAUAUUUGUUUUCUUUUAUAUCUUGACUUAUUUUCUAUGUAGCAUCUGGUGUCAUCAAGUGUGACCCAGCCUUAAUUUCACUGGGAACUUUGUACGCGAUGAAGUACUGAUCACCGAAUAUGACGGACCAAGUUGAGGAGCUACCUGAGUGAAGGAGACAGUACGUUCUAAAUACCCGGUUCUUCACAGAAAAGCUCUUGCCGUUCCUUUCAGCAUGCCGAUGGGCGCCCCUCCUGGCCCGCCAGUCCCACGUGGGAAUUAGCUCCUGGGAAGGGAGCAGUCUGUGCCCUGGUAGAUGCCAUUCUGUCCCUUUCCCCUUCUCCCCACCAUCUGCAUGGGUUGGGGCCAGUUGCCUGGCUUCUAGAAGGGUAAGGGGGUCCAGCUUGGCCACAAGUUACGGCCAGUGUCUGCACAACCCGCCAUGACCUGGGCUGAGCUAGACCUUCAUUUAAGAAGAGAUGGCAACUUCAGUUUCAUGUUCAGUCCAGCCUUAGCCGAGCGCCUGUGCUCCGUAGUGUGCUGUGGGGAAACAGAAUGAGUAAGACCUGACUCCCCACAUCAAGGGAAUCAUAGUCCAAUAGUGGAGAUACUACUUGCAGGCAACAUUACCCAGAAUGCUCUGGAAAGCCAGGGGAAGGAGAGAUGUACUUGGCUUGUGACUGGGGAAUGUGUUGCAGCAUUUGGGCUGGUCUCUUGGGUGAGUUUCCUAACAUUUCCCUGUUUUUCUUAAUUGUUCUUGAAAUCAGAGAAAAACUUUUAGGAAGUUAUAUAAGUAUUAUAUUUAGUAGGCAGCCACAUCUGAUGUUUUAAGAAAAUAUCAGUAAUAGUUUUAGUUAGCAUGGAAAUGCUAAAGACAGCAGUCCUUUAGGGAUUAGGAAUGAAUCUAAUAGGUUUGAUGAAUUUGCUUCAUUUGGUUGUAUGAAGCUUUCGAAUGGCUUUAGGUGAGAAAUGGUUUAGAAUUCAGUAUGAUGCAUGGGUUUUUAUGCAAAUGCAAAAGCAGUUGAAAUACUUCACUGCUAAGUCAGGAGAAAAUAUUUUGUGUAAUAUUCAUUCACUUUACUACAGUAAUAUUUAUGGUCUGUUGUACAUGUUCUGUGUUCUCACACAUGCAAAAUAGUGAGUAAUUCUUUCCUAUUUAGCUCUCUUCAGAUUCUACUCCUAAUCUCCUUUUUCACCAGGUGUUCUUGUGUGAGUUGGUUAUCUGACAUUUCUCUAAAUCUUUUCUCUGUGAGACAUAGCUAAGAAUCCAGGAAAUUUAACAUAUGGCCUAAUGAAACUCAAACUAUCAAAGUUGGAGACAGAGAACUAGUCCUUAUACCCUAACUAUCCAUGCGGGUGCUCUUGAGGCCUGGCCUCCUGCUCCGUCAGCAUCACGGCGCCUCUCUUCUGUGCUACGUUAGUGUGCAUUUUAAAAGCAAGAAGAGGCCUGUUGUGUUCUUCUCUGAAACCUCCACUCAGCUUCUGUCACAAAUCACUCUAGGCAGAACCUGCUUUCCUAGUUGUAUGUGUAGUUCAAGUGAUUGACUAGGACACUCUGUUAGGUUUAAGUGCCCGAAACAUCCAUAGGGUUUUGAAUGCAGAGUGUGCAUGUUCCUUUGAGAACAGUGUUAGUUAAAACUAUAGUUUCCAUGCUAGAUGAGAAUGCAGAAUAAGGUUCCCAUUACUGAAAUGUGAGGACUCAGCAAGUCAAACCAAUAAGGUGGUGAGAACAGCUACAGGCACAGGAGAGGGCAGGGGAGGUGGAGGUGCAGCGAGGGGCUUCCCCACCGCCCGGCCCAGGUGGCUUAGGGACAGACAUCUGCUGCGCCCUGCCUGAGGGCCUCAGCGCCUCCGUGAUCACGUGGCCAGCUGAUCACGUGCAGCGAGCUCGGAAGCGCUGCAGUCAGCCGCCGUGUAUUUGAGGGGGUAACGGCAACAUCAAGGCCCAGUCUACGUCCCCCGCCCGACUCCAUGAGUAAGCUCGUUGGAUUCCCCGGUGUGCAUACAAAGGGUCUUCCUUCUCUGUACCGUCCCUACCAGUUCUCUGCUCUGGGCCCACAUUCCUGUCCGUUAAACUAAUUGGAGUCAACCACAAGGUCUUUAAAGCCAUGGAAAUACAUGGUCACAGGGCCACAGUUCUGAAGCUGGCUGCAUCAGGGUUGGGCCCUUUAUCAAUAAUAUCUAUAACUUUUCAAACUCUUGAACUGCCAUUCAGAGUAGCCACAAUUUUAAUGGAAUUUUUGGAUUUAAUAAUGGUUGAUAUCACUUUAAAUAUUUGCACAAUCUCUUUAUAAUUAAAAACUCACUAAGCUUUACUUACUACUAUUUUAUAGAAUUGGAGAUGUUCCAUUGGAUUCUAAAUAUUAGAUGCUCCUGGAUCUCAAAAUAACCUUUUCUAAACAAGCACAAGCAAGAAUUUCUUUUGUUCUAGCAUUGUUAAUAUUAAUAAUUCUCUAGAAAAUCAUAUAUGAUUGAACCAGAAUUUUUUUUUAUGCUUGCAUUCCAAAACAACUGAUAAUAUAAAAAUGUAUAGUUUCAACUUAAAUUCUAGGGCUGUUCUGUUCUAUAUUAUGUAAAAGAAUUUCUCUGUAAUCCUGAUAUUAUAUUGCUCAUUUGUAUAAGCAUAUUUAUAGGCACUUUAGAAAAUGUUUAGAUGUGUAUUAUAGACAUCGGACAUAGUCAUGUUAAAUAGCCCUUUGGUUAAUGCUUGUAUGUUGAGAGAUAGGAAAGCUUUAGAAUUUGGACCUGGUAGUGUGCUCACUUGGAGCAGAGAGGCUUGGGCUGUGUAGAUGGAGAAACUGCUUUCUUGGGCUUUUGUGUAAACCUAGCCCCAUUCCUACUUUUUAAAAGUUAGUAUAAAGCUGUUAGGUAGAAGUUACAAAAUAAGUGCUGUGUGGAAUUUAGCUUUCUUAUCUACCCAAGAUUUACUUUAGAAUUUUCAAGUUUCAGAUAUGCUUAACUUUUCUGAGAAAUGACAAAGCAAUUAAAAUGCUUUGUGGUUGUAGUUAGUUGGUAGAUUAACAAAUAGGGCUUUACCAUCAAAUCUAGAUAUAUUUUUUUAACCUUGUAAUUUUCAAGAUUUGAAAAGAGAAUUUGAGGGAAAUCCUGAAGAGAAAAGGUUGCUUUCCUGGAAAGGGAGAACUUGUAAUUUAUGGUAAUACUACACAAAAUAAAAGACCACUAAAACCAGAACCAAACCAGAAGUUGCCCUGAAGUACCUUUAGGAUUUGAUCUAGGAUUUAAUUCUGUCUUGGGGGUGGGGUUUUAUUUCUUAACCUCCACUUCCUGGCCUGUUUGAAACAUCACACUUCUUUUGGAAUGGAUCAUAACAACUCCUUUUAUGCAAAUGUCUGUAUUUGGGUAAUACGAUGUAACUAGAUAAUUUAGAAAGCUGUCAAAAAUACCCAGAUAUGUUCGGUGGUUUAAAUGCUACUAGGCAAGAAAAAAGGCAGAAGAUAAAGUAACAUUUAUACAGUUGGCUCUUGAUUAUUCCAUCUUGUUUGCAAAAUCUUAUUGAAGUAUUUUGGCUUUUUAAAUGAGGAAAACACAAUUUUAAGUCUUUCCUAUCUCACUCUUCAAAGGAGCUGUGAAGCAAAAUUAAAGAGGUCAGUUGUAUUUUGGGUUUUUUAGAAAGUAAUAUGUGGCUAGUGUCUUGCCCUCGAGGAGCAGAGGAGGAAGUGGGAGUUCUCAGUUUAUCAGGGAUGCCAGGGAUGUCCGUAUUUCUCGUAUCCAAACAUAAGUACAAGGAUACGUCUCAAAAUUAAUUUUGGAAUUAUUUACCUUUUAAAAAUUUUGUAUGUCCCUAAUCCCUUUCAAUAUUAUGGAUAAUUGAGAGUUGACUGUAUUAGGAAAGGGCCGUGUUUCUGUUAGUGCUUUGAGUUCCCUUUUCUGUUAAGAUUGGCACAGUUCUCUCCUACUACUCUGAACAAGUCGGAAAGCGAAUCAUCACCAGAGGUUUUAAUAUUGCGCUUCCAUAUCGUUUUGUUCAUACACACUUUUUUAGGCUGUUCAUACCUUACAAUAUUCACUUACUAUGCUAUUUUUUAAAUCUUGUCUAUUUUAAAGUUUUAAGCACAAUGUUGACCAUUCUGUAAUUUCCUAAAAUUAUAUUGUUUCCCCACAGACAGCUCAACUUUCCUCUGUGUAUAAUACUUUAGGAAAAUA